GACGUUAGCCAACACUACGCACCAGCUGUCCGAAUUUAUAUAACCUAAAAAUCAACCUUAAAACUCUAGAAAUUCCCCGGCUAAUUCGUAGAUUGUUCACUGAAAACCAGAAAAACCAACAAUGUCCGAGUUUGAGAAUCUAUCUGGAAACGACAAGGAGCUGCAGGAGUUCCUCAUGAUCGAGAAGCAGAAGGCCCAGGUGAACGCGCAGAUUCACGAAUUCAACGAGAUCUGCUGGGAGAAGUGCAUCGGGAAGCCGAGCACCAAGCUGGACCACGCCACCGAGACGUGUUUGAGCAACUGCGUCGACCGAUUUAUCGACACCUCGCUGCUGAUCACCCAGCGCUUCGCCCAAAUGCUCCAAAAACGCGGCGGCGGCGAUUUGUAAAAGGGGCAAAUCUUCUGGGAAUCCGGGGAAUCUGGGGAUCUGGAAAUCCGGGGAAUCCGAUUAUCCGGGGAGCUUCCGCCACCACCACUGUCCUACUGUUAAAGCUACUUUUAAACAAAAACAAAUUAUCAUGUAAGCACCUUUUUUUUCCGCGGCCAUCUGAUUUUCGGAUGUUUCCGGCCCUCUGGACAAGGAAAAACCACAAAUAUCCUGUACCAUAACUCUACUGUUUUGACGGCCCGACGCUAGCGAAUCCAAAAUAAAUACAACCUUUCGUUUUGUAUGUUAAAAAUGAA